AGUGUGAUCCUAACGUAUACGCAACUUCGUAUAUUGGCGCUGUAUAAGAUUUUUCGUCGACGUUAAUUGACAAUAUUGACAUUGAUUUCCGUCGAACCUGCUAAAAGCAAGCUCGCUUGCCAUGAAGACGAGACACAUAAUCGCACGAUCGCUAAACUGUGACUUUUAUUCACGUAAUCACGAGACACAUUAGAACGUAAUAUGCGUUGCGACUCUUUCGCGAGACAAAGAAUUCUGCAGCAUGGUUCUGAAACAUGGGAAAUUCCGAUAGGUUAGAUAUCUCACUUGUGCAUAUUGGCUCGUAUUCGAGCGGACGAGGCUUGUAAAAUGAUGCAUUACAGUCCAUGGGUUCAACAUCAGCCGAUAUUAAGUCAUCAUUGCUGUGCGCCAUACAUUGACACAAUGCCAUCCUACCAAGAUCAUGAUCACGAGCGUCAUCAGUUAACCGAGGAGGAGACUGAGCAAGCUGGCGAGGAGGCACAUGACACAAUGACGCCUGCUACGUCUGGUGAACGUGGUUCUAGCGCAGAUCUAUUUAGAUUGGAGUUUGCGGCGUCUCAGUGGUCCAAGUUAGUUUCCAAUGCGGAAGGUUUGUUUACAAAGCUCAUGACGAGUAAUGUCUUGCCGCACACUGAUCAGGAUCAGAUUGAACAAUGGCUGUGCAUGAAGCAGGAGUACGAGGAAUGUAUAGCCAGUGAUGAGAGCACUAGUUUGCAAGGAUAUACAGAAAAUGCCAGACGUUCACUAGAACGCAUUGAGGAAGUGACCGAGACCGAUGAAAAAACGGACGAAUCUGCAAAUCAAACAAAACUUAAGCUCAAUUGCGCCUCCAGUUCGGAGAGCGAAUUAUCCGAAGUUGAUGAUGACGAGGACGACGACGAGGAGGAAGAUGACGAGGAGGAAGAUGACGAUCAAAGCGACGUGAGUUCGGAAAAUCCAGAUUUUCUAGAGAAGUUGGAUGAAUGCAUGAACAAGUUUAAGAUAGAGACGGAUAGAAUUGUCGAUUCUACAAAGGAUGAUUUCAGAGAGGCGAACAUUGAGAUUAUAUCGCCGGUAGGGAGAUCCGUAAAUAAUAAUUAUGUACCGGUGUCUCGUCCAAUACCGAUAAGAAAUCCAAAUUCCAGGCGAAACUCAAUGUUACCUGGUUCGGAUAUGUGCAAUGAAGUAUUAGCUUUUAACGAUAGCCUGAAACCUUGCCAAAAUCAAAUCUUUGAAAAUCGUAUCUUGGAAUAUAACAAUCCGUACGCGUUGGAUAAUCGCGAGUCGGAAGUAAACAUCAAUGAUAAUGUCGUUAACGACAAUUUCGUCGCGAUACAAAAUGAUAAUUCACCCGAUCUGUUGCUCGAUGCCCUCAAGAACACAGAAAUAUCCGAACCCAUCAAGGAGUUGAAGGCUCUAACACUGAAUAACGAGGCGAAACAAACGCAGGUGAAGAAAAUUCAAUCAAAUUUAGAUGGUGCCCACAAACGUAUCGAAGAACUGCAGACGACAAUUAAAAUUAAGCAACGUUUCAUAGCGGAUAUGAUAAAGAAUUCCGAUACACGCUCCAAUGCGAAGCAGAAGUUUCAACGUAAGCGCAGUAAACUGGAAGAGGAAUAUUACAACACGAGAACACAAUUGGCACAAGCGGAAAAUGCAUCUCUAUACAAGGAUCUUGAUGAAAAGACACACAAGAAAGAAAUCGAAUUGAUGAAAAAUAUAGCGAUACAUUAUGAGAAACGAAUGAUGGAUAUAGAUAUGAUAAAGCAAAUAGCGGGUGAUUCCGCGAAGAAAGUUUUGGAAUUGGAAGCCUCGUUAAAUACGUCGAAGAAGCAAAUGGACAAAUUAAAGCGACAAUUAAAGAGAGAAGAGGAACGUAAGAAGCAAUUGGAGGACGAACUGGCCAAAGAUCAACAGAAGAUUCGCGAACUCGAAGAAAAGUACAAUUUAACUGCGUCCAAGUUGAAGGAAAUGCAAUCGGAGAGCGAAGAUGAGAAACACAACACGAAAUCUAAAACUGAUUGUUCGGACAAGAUGAAGAACUUGUUAGAUGUUAGCGCAAGGAUAUCUCAUUUGGAUCACGUUCUGAAAGAGAAAUCUAUGGAUCUGGAGAGAACCGCGGAUAUGGACGAGAAGGAAGCGUUACGGCAUGAGAUUAGAAAUUUGAGGCGCACUCGAGACUGUUUGGUGGAUGAGAAAUGCGAUUUAGACGAGAAGUUUCAAAAGGAACGAACUCUGACGACAGUCGAGGAACGUAAACUGCUAGAAUGCGGUGAGACUAUCGAGGCUAUCGACGCGAUGAUCGAGCACAAGAACGAGAUGAUUUGCGGACGAAAGGACUUCGAUGAGAAUCAGUCACAGCGCGAGAAGGGCGAGAGAAUGCUGACGGAGCGCUUGAAGAAACUCUCUCAUGGCGAAAUAAUUACAUUAUUUAUGAAAUACUUCCGCAAGGUGAUCGACUUGAAGGAGAGCUCGAAGAGUUUGGAAGUUCAGAUAACUGAACUCGAGGCCCACAUUGCGAAUCAGGAUUGGCGGCUGAUGGAAGCCGAGAAGCGAAUGAUCUUACUGCAGCGGCAGUAUGAGGACAAGCUGCAUCACGUGUUCAGGCACUUUGCGGAGGAGACGAGCAGCUCCGGUUACGAACGAUUGGAUAAGGAUUCCGAACUCGUUAGGUUCAAGAAGGAGAACCGAGCGUUGAAGAAACGGCUGGCGGAUGUAGAGGCUCUUCUGAAGGGCACGACGCCACCGCGUGCAGCUAGUCCUCCGUGCAGAAUUCUGCAGCAGGAAUUGAAACAGAUCACGCCGAGUACUCGGUCGACGACCAAAGUAACGAGGCAGCGAAAUAAACUGAUAAUUCAAAAGACGACUGAUUGCGACAAAAGGAAAAAAUGAGGUAUUUUAAGGAGUACCAGCUUUAGUUUUUAUUAUAUAUUUAUAAAUGAUUUGAAUCUUUUAUUAUAAAUCUUUUAUUUAUAAGAGGAGAUUACUUACUCGUUUUAUAUGUCACGUUUCCGCGCAAUACCUCGUCGCAGGUAUUUACGAUGGACUGUAUAAAAAAUUAAGUUUUUUUAAAAAUAUAUAGUCUCUUCUAGAUCUUACAUAGAUUGUAAUGUGAUAAUGGUUUCUCUGCGUCAAGCAAUUACCUCUUCUGUAUUUUUAUAGAAUAUAUAUAUAUGUGUAUAUUGAUAUUUUAUAGAUAUAUUCAGUACUUUUGUUUAUUAGGCAAAUUGAAAAUAAGUUUGACGAUAAGUGUACUCAUUAAGAGACGUAUUCUUGGAUAUGAAUUUAACUGCAUGCAAUUUACUCAUAUUGUAUUUAUUACAGGGCAUAGUUCCAAGGUUAUAUAAUUUAACAUCUAGAUGUAAUAUCUACGGAAAUCCUCGUUCGCGCUCGAGAGCGUAUUUGCAUGCCACUCGUAACAUGUUAUUAUUUCAGCAAUUGAUGUAGCAAGUGUCAUCUUGACGAAAUAAUAAGAUAUGAUCGCUUCGUUCUGGUUUAUGCGACAGGAAAGCUUAGAGGUUUGCUGCGAGCCUCGUGUAUAGUGAUGCUCAAUUGUUAUACAUUAAGCUGUGUAUAUUCUCUUAAAUUUCACAAGCAGGUGGCUUUUGGAUGACGACGGAUGUAGUCAGGAAAUUACAUCGUUAAAAUUGAGCUAUUAAAAAAUGUAGCGAUUAAUAGUUAUGAGCCUGAUUAGGAUAUGUUAGGAUUUAUGCAACACAAUGGACUGCUCAGUCGUAUUUCCUGAAUACAUCAAGAAAAGUACGCAUAUUUCUCGCAUUUCCGCGAUUACUUGCGGCUAAUUAGUAUUGUUCGUAUAUUUCAAAUAUAUUUGAAAAAAAUGAUUGAUCUCUGUAUUACUAACUCUCGCACUAUCGACAUUAUGCUAGUAAACAUAUAAAAAUAUAUGAUGAAUUUAUAUAUA